AGGAGCUUUGCGGUGUGCACGGCGAGAAACUCAGGCUAUUCUGUUUGAAGGACAGAACACCCAUCUGUCUGGUGUGCCAGACAGCAAAAAAUCACAAAGGCCAUGACUGCUGCCCCAUAGAGGAAGCUGUGGAGGACCGCAAGGAGGAACUUACAAGUGCCCUGAAGCCCCUGAAGGAGAAGCUAAGAGACUUUAACAAAGCUAAACAAAUCCACCAAGAAACUUUAAAACACAUCAAGAGCCAGGUCCAGCACACUGAGACCCAGAUAAAGCAGCAGUUCAGAAAGCUUCACCUGUUUCUACGAGAUGAAGAGAUAAUAAGGAUAGCUACACUGAGAAAGGAAGAGGAUAAGAAAAGCAAACUACUCAACAAUAAGAUUGAGACCAUGACAAAAUGGAUACAGUCCCUGUCAGACACAAUCGGAGGAGUUGAACAAGAGAUGGAAGCACCCAGAGUAUCGUUUCUGCACAACUACGAGGCCACAAUGAAAAGCACCCAAUGCACCGUGGAGGAUCCAGAGAGUCUUUCAGAGGGUGAACUGAUUGACACGGCGAAACACCUUGGCUCUCUGAAGUACAGAGUCUGGGAGAAAAUGCAGGGGAUUUGCCAAUACACCCCCGUGACUCUGGACCCCAACACCGCAAUGCCGAAUCUCCUCCUGUCCGAGGAACUGUCACGGGUCAGCCUCGCAGGUGAGAACCGGCAGCUCCCCGACAACCCAGAGAGGUUCCGUCACCACAGCAUCGUGCUGGGCUCAGAGGGGUUCACCGCCGGGAGACACACCUGGGACAUUGAAGUGGGGAACAACACUCACUGGGUCCUGGGCGUGGCCCAGGGGUCUGUCAGGAGGAAAGAAGAGGCUGCGGCCUUGUCCUCCAGGCACGGCUUGUGGGCCAUAUGCCAGAUCAAUGGCGAAUAUUCAGCCCUGGCCUCGCCGACGACACCCCUCAGUGUGAAGUGGAGGCCACGCAUGAUCAGGGUGGCACUGGACUGGGACAAGGGAAAGGUCACAUUCUCUGACCCUAUCUACGAUGAACAUAUACACACUUACCGGAGUAAAUUUACUGAAAAGUUGUUCCCAUACUUCCUUACCCUCUGUAAACUCCAUCAUCUGCAAAUUUUACCUCAGAAGGUUUCUGUAAAAGUGGUAUAG